CUUCAUCCCCUUUCAAAAUCAUCAAGAACAUGAAGAAAUACAAAUUCAAAAGGGUUUAGCACUUUCUUCCCAGAAAUCAAGGUUUCAGAGAAGAAUGCAAUUUGCAAAGCGAGAAACAAAGGAACAUACAUGCAUACAUACAUAGGGCACAAAAAAAUAAAAUAAAAAUCAAUCUCAGAAAUCAACGCAUUGUAAUUUGAAUAUACAGACCGAUCAACAUUUUUCAACCAACAUUAUCCUCUCAGAUCCUUCAAUUUCCAAUUCUCAUGUUCAUCUUCCAAAUCGAAACCCUAAUUCACUUGGUCCGAUCAAAAAAACUGUUUGAUUUUGGGGAAAUUGAACGAUGAAAUGGAUAACAUUGAUUAAAGACAUCAAGGAGAAGGUACGGUCAACAGCGUCUGCAUCAUCUCCUUCAUCAUCAUCAUCGUCAUCUUCGUCACCGUCAUCUGCUUCUCCAUCGCCAUUUUGCAAUGAUAAUGAUAAUGCGAGGUCUUCAACGGACAAUUACUUUUUGUCAUCUUCUUCAAGAGACAAGUAUGAAAUGGAAUUGGAUUUUAAGAGACAUUGGGAAGAGUUCCGUUCAUCAUCUUCGGAGAAGGAGAAAGAAAAGGCCUUGAACAUGACAGUUGACAUCUUUUGUAGAUCUGUAAAGCAACAUUCUAAUCUAGCACAACUGAUUACCAUGUUAGUAGAGACACACAUAUUUUCUUUUGUCGUGGGUAGAGCAUUUGUUACAGAUAUUGAGAAGUUAGGAUUGAGAAGCAAAGCAAGAUCGUUGGAGAUCAAAAGUUUGAUAGGCUAUUUUUCAGAGGUUACGGAGGAUGGAAUUCAGCCUGGUUCAAAUCUUUUGCAGGCAGUGGAAUACCUUGUAUUCGGGCCUAUUGAUAAACAAUCUCUCCUUGAUUCUGGGAUCUUAUGUUGUCUCAUUCAUAUUCUCAAUGCCCUUUUGGGUCCCGAUAGACAAAAUACAAGGCAUGAGGUUAUUUCGAUUGAUGACGAGGCAGAAGUCAUGGAUAACACAGGUCCAGACAGACGGCUUGAGGUAGAAGGUAGUGUUGUGCAUAUUAUGAAGGCUUUGGCAAGUCAUCAUGCAGCUGCUCAAAGUUUAAUUGAAGACAAAUCACUACAAUUACUUUUUGAGAUGGUUGCUAAUGGAUCUUUGAUAUUAAGUUCAAGAUAUAAAGAAGGUCGUGUACCCUUGCACAACAUUCAACUCCACCGACAUGCAAUGCAGAUACUUGGUCUUCUUAUGGCUAAUGACAAUGGAAGCACUGCAAAGUACAUAAGGAAGCAUCAGCUGAUGAAAGUACUGCUAAACACCGUAAAGGACUUCAAACUGGAAACCGGAGACCCUGCGUAUACAAUGAGCAUUGUCGACUUGUUGCUUGAAUGCAUAGAGUUAUCAUAUAGACCUGAGGCUGGUGAUAUCAGGCUCAGGGAAGAUGUUCGUAAUGCACAUGGAUAUCAGUACCUUGUUCAGUUUGCGUUAGUUCUUUCAAAAGAUAACGGUUUCGAAACUGCUGAGUCAGCCAUGGAGGGUACAUCAUCACAAGGUCUCUCACCGACGCUGUCGAGGCUGCUGGAUGUUCUAGUCAGUUUAUCUCAAACGGGUCCGGUUGAUACUGGGUUGACCAAGCCAAAGGGUAAUCGCAGGAGACAAACUUCGUCUUCCGACCGUGACGGUUGGGAAAAAGACAAUUGUAAAGUGAAAGAUAUCGACGCCAUCCAAGUGUUACAAGACAUUUGUUUGAAAGCCGAUAGCAGGGAUUUACAGACAGAAGUGCUAAAUAGAAUGUUCAAGAUUUUUUCAAGUCAUCUCGAGAAUUACAUGUUGUGUCAGCAGUUGCGAACCGUGCCAUUACUGAUCCUAAACAUGGGCAGAUUUCCAUCUUCUUUGCAAGAAAUUAUUCUUAAGAUUCUUGAAUACGCAGUAACAGUUGUUAACUGCAUACCCGAACAAGAAUUACUCGCUCUUUGCUGCUUAUUACAACAGCAAGUAACAUCCGAACUGAAGCACACUAUCUUAUCAUUCUUCAUAAAGCUAUUAUCGUUCGAACAACGGUACAAAAAGGUCUUGCGGGAGGUCGGUGUGUUGGAAGUUCUGUUAGAUGAUCUCAAGCAGCACAAGUUUCUUUCUGGCCCCGAGGACAAUGGUAACAUCCCCAGCUGCUUUAAGAAACAUUUAGACAGUAAAAACGCAAUUAUUUCAUCUCCAAAGUUAUUGGAUUCUGGUUUUGGGAAGUUCUCUCUUUUUGAAACCGCUGGCACUGUCUCCGUUGCCUGGAAUUGUUUGUUUUAUCUAUUGAAGAAAGCAGAACAUAAUCAGGUGACGUUUCGUUCUGCUAAUGGUGUUAACACUGCUCUUCCGUUUUUGGUUUCUGAUAUACACCGUCCUGGCGUUUUGCGCGUGUUAUCAUGCUUAAUUAUUGAAGAUUCUGCUCAGGUUCAUUCUGAGGAACUGAGCACACUGGUUGAAAUUUCAAAGAGCGGGAUGGUAACUAGUGCUGUAGGAUCUCAAUACGAUCUUCAAGACGAUGCAAAAUGUGACGUUUUCGGAGCAAUAUGGCGGGUUUUAGGAGCUAAUACUUCUGCUCAAAGAGUAUUUGGUGAAGCCACUGGAUUUUCUCUUCUCUUGACAACACUUCAUAGAUUCCAGAAUAAUAAAGGGCAGCGCGAUUCGUCUCGUUUAACUGUUUGCAUGAAAGUUUUCACAUACUUACUGCGUGUAACAACAGCUGGGGUGUGCAAUAACGCUGUUAAUCGAGAAAAGUUAAACUCGAUUCUCUCUUCUCACAGUUUCUAUGAUCUUUUACUAGAGUCUGGCUUGAUUUGUGUGGAGUGUGAACGGCAAGUAAUGCAGCUGCUGUUUGAACUUGCGCUCGAGAUUGUACUCCCGCCUUUUUCAACCCCUGAAACAAACGCUGUAGGAAAUUCGUCUGCUAGUUUUCCGAUAAUUACUCAAUCGGGCUCGUUUUUUCCGGAUAAGGAAAGAAUAUAUAACGCUGGCGCACUUAAAGUUUUGAUUCGUUCGUUGUUACUCUUUUCUCCGAAACUGCAGCUUGAGUUGCUGAAACUUAUUGAAGAGCUUGCUUGUGCUGGCCCUUUUAAUCAAGAAAACCUCACAUCUGCAGGCUGUGUGGAACUUCUUCUGGAGACAAUACAUCCCUUCCUUUCGGGUUCAUCCUCUCUUCUUUCCCAUGCUUUAAAGAUUGUUGAAGUACUCGGGGCUUAUAGGUUAUCAGCAGCAGAACUUAAAACAAUUAUAAGAUGUCUUCUUCAAGCGAGACAGAGGAAUCCUGGUCAUAUUCUUGUUAAUAUGAUGGAAAAGAUUGUUACUAGGCAAGACACAACUUCAGAAAAUGUUCCUCUUGCAUCCUUUGUGGAAAUGGAUAUGAGAAAAAUCGGAUAUGCGUCUAUACACGUGUCAUUAGGAGAGAGAUCAUGGCCCCCUGCUGCAGGUUAUUCGUUUGCUUGUUGGUUUCAGUAUCGUAAUUUCUUGAAAUUGAACACGAAAGACACAGAAUCUUCCGAACCUGUAUUUUCUAGAAGAAAUACAACCAACACCGCCACAGGCCCACAAGUUCUACGCAUAUUCUCAGUUGGUGCUACAGAUGGUGGUGAUGCGUUUUACGCAGAACUUCAUCUUCAAGAUGAUGGAACUUUGACCCUUGCAACCAGCAAUUCUUCUUCCUUGACGUUUUCAGGGUUAGACUUAAAUGAGGACCAAUGGCAUCAUCUUGCGGUGGUUCAUGGCAAACCGGGAUUAUUCCAGGCUAGUGUCGCAUAUGUUUAUCUUAACGGGAAGCUUAGACACAGGGGAAGACUAGGGUAUUCCCCAUCUCCAAUUGGCAAGUCUCUGCAGGUAAUCAUCGGGACACCAAUAACUUGUGCGCGUAUUAGUGACUUGUCAUGGACGCUACGGUCUUGCUAUCUUUUUGAAGAAGUAUUGACACCAGGUUCCAUAUACUUUAUGUAUAUUCUCGGCAGAGGGUAUAGGGGUCUUUUUCAAGACACAAAUGUUUUGCAGUUUGUUCCUAACCAGGCUUGUCGUGGGGGUAGUAUGGCCAUUUUAGACUCUUUAGAAACGGAUUUCACGUUGACUUCCAGUAGUCAAAGGGGUGAGAGUGGUAACAAGCAAGGAAACCCUAGGACUGAUCGUAGUGGAAUCGUUUGGGACUUUGAAAGAUUAGGGUACCUGUCGUUACAGCUGUCUGGACGGAAACUUAUAUUUGCAUUCGAUGGAACGUCUACCGAAGCAUUUCCGGCUUCCGGAACAUUGUCAAUGCUCAAUUUAGUUGAUCCAUUGUCAGCUGCUGCUUCCCCUAUUGGAGGUAUACCACGCUUUGGACGUCUUCAUGGUGAUGUAUAUGUAUGUAAGCAUUGUACAAUAGGUGAAACCGUGCGUCCCAUUGGUGGAAUAGCUGUUGUCUUAGCCCUAAUUGAAGUAGCAGAAACCAGUGGCAUGCUACAUACGGCACUAAUGCUGCUCGCUUGCGCACUUAAUCAAAAUCCACAAAACAUUAGAGACAUGCAAGCAUUUAGAGGGUAUCACUUGCUAGCUCUCUUUCUGCAUUCGAGAAUGUCUAUGUUCGAUAUGCGUUCACUUGAGAUCUUUUUUCAAAUUGCCGCUUGUGAGGCUUCUUUUCCGGAACCCAAAAAGUUGGAAGAAAUUCAGGAUAGUUUAUCACCUUCAUUGACGGUGAACGAAACAACGUUUGAUGAGCUUAAUUUAUCCAAAUUUCAUGACGAAGUUUUUUCAGCCACUUCUUAUGAAGACUUGGAUGAUUUUUCUAUGCCAAAAGACACUCUUAGCCAUAUUUUGGAACUCGAUAACGACAUACCUCGCGAAACAUCAAAUAGCAUAGUUCUUUCAAAUGCAGAUAUGGUUGAGCAUGUGUUAUUGGACUGGACUGUCUGGGUAGCAGCUGAAAUCCCCAUUCAAAUCGCUCUUCUAGGGUUUCUCGAGAAUCUUGUUUCGAUGCAUUGGUACCGGAAUCAUAAUCUCACAAUUUUGAGAAGAAUUAACCUCGUACAACAUCUGCUUGUAACCCUGCAAAGAGGCGAUGUUGAGGUUCCCGUACUAGAAAAGUUAGUCGUGCUUUUGGGAGUUAUCUUGGAGGACGAUUUUGUCAUUUCUGAAAUGGAACAUGUUGUUCGGUUUGUGAUUAUGACCUUUGACCCCCCAAAACCAACGUCACGGAUUCAAAUACUGAGAGAGUCAAUGGGGAAGCAUAUCAUUGUUAGAAAUAUGCUGCUUGAGAUGCUAAUCGAUCUUUUAGUCAAAAUAACAUCAGAAGAGCUACUUGAGCAAUGGCAUAAGAUUGUGUCAUCAAAAUUAUUAACUUGUUUUCUUGAUGAAGGUGUUCAUCCCACAAGUAUGAGAUGGAUCAUGACUCUUCUCGGUGUUUGUCUUACAUCAUCUUCUACAUUCGCUUUCAAAUUUAGGACAAACGGAGGAUAUCAAGGAUUAAUGAGGGUGCUCCCGAGUUUUUACGAUACUCCCGAUAUUUAUUACGUUCUGUUUUGCUUAAUAUUCGGGAAGCCCGUGUAUCCACGAUUACCAGAAGUUCGCAUGCUCGAUUUUCAUGCCCUUAUUCCAAACGAUGGAAAUAACGUGGACUUUAAGUUUUUAGAACUUUUGGACUCCGUAAUCGCGAUGGCGAAAUCGGCAUUUGAUCGGUUGUCUAUCCAAACUCAAGUUGACGGCAGCCUUGUGGCAGAGCUUGUUGAUGGAAGCACCGAUAUGACAGGCGAUCUUCAGGGUGAAGCUUUGAUGCACAAAACUUAUGCCGCCCGUCUUAUGGGAGGCGAAGCUUCCGCUCCGUCCGCUACAGCAUCGGUUAUUAGGUUCAUGGUUGACCUUGCCAAAAUGUGUCCUCCGUUUUCUGCUGUAUGUAGAAGAGCUGAGUUUAUCGGGAGCUGUGUCGAUCUUUAUUUCUCAUGUGUCAGGGCUGCUCAUGCGGUGACGAUGGCAAAAGAGUUUUCGGUAAAGACCGAAGACAAAAACGUAAACGACGCCGAUGACAGUAGUAGUUCUCAGAACACGUUUUCCAGCUUGCCAGGUGAGCUAGAAGAUCCGGUUACAACCUCCAUAAGCCUCACAAGCUUCCAUCCGGUUCACGGAAGCGCAAGUUCUGAAGACAUCCCCGUUGGUACCGACAACAUUGAUGUCAACAAAACUGAAAAAGAAGUUGACCAGCCAACUGACAGCAAGAAGUUUAAUUUUCAUGAUCUCAAAAUCACUCCGAUUAAGGUUCGCCCAACUGGAUCACUGGGUGGUUCUCCAUCUUUAAGUAUAUAUGAUUCUCCGAUUUUAUCUGAGAGAUCGUAUUCUCGGUUUCAGUCACAGUCAGCACCCUCUCCAUCACAAGUUCUCAGUUUUCCAUAUUGGUUAGGAUCAACUGCGUCUCCUUCGGUGGUAUCUUCUGUAUCUUGGACCGAAUUUGGGUCAACUCCCGACCUGAAACUCUCAUCGCAAAUAGCGACAAAUACUCUUACUACGGUUAAUCCAAAGCUGCUUCUUGAUGUGGAUGACUCCGGUUAUGGUGGUGGUCCGUGUUAUGUGGGGGCAACCGCCAUUCUAGACUUCAUGGCGGAAGUUCUUGCUGAUUUUGUAACUGAACAGAUAAAAGCAACACCAUUUAUUGAAACCAUUUUGGACACCGUCCCAUUGAAUGUCGAUUCUGAUUCUGUAUUGGUUUUCCAAGGUUUGUGUCUUACUAGACUCAUGAACUUUCUAGAAAGACGGCUCCUGCGUGACGAUGAAGAAGACGAGAAAAAACUUGAUAAAACCCGAUGGUCAUGGAAUUUAGAUGCAUUGUGUUAUUUGAUAGUGGAUCGUAUGUAUAUGGGUGCUUUUCCUCAACCGUCUUCUGUAUUGAAAACACUCGAGUUCUUGUUGUCGAUGUUACAACUGGCGAAUAAAGACGGUAGAAUCGAACAAGCAUUUCCUGUUGGUAAAGGGAUUUUGUCAAUCAAAAGAGGAACAAAGCAACUUGAUGCUUACGUAUACACCAUUUUAAAAAAUAUGAACCGUGUUAUAAUGCAUUGUUUCCUUCCUUCGUUUUUGUUAUCAAUCGGAGAAGAUGAAUUUCUUUCACGAUUAGGAUUACAAGUCGAGGCAAAAAAGAGACUAUUCACCAAUGGUUCACAAGAAGAUGGCGUGAUGGACAUAUGCGCGGUUUUACAGUUAUUAGUCGCGCAUAGCAGGAUAAUAUUUUGCCCGAGUAAUCCCGAUACCGAUUUAACUUGUUGUCUUUGUAUAAAUUUAAUCUCGCUUCUACAUGAUCAAAGACCGAGCGUACGGAACUUAGCCGUGGACAUCUUCAAGCAUCUUCUGGUGCACCGGCGGGCUGCACUUGAGGACCUGCUUGUCUCAAAACCAUAUCAGGGCCCGGUUUUGGAUGUUUUACAUGGCGGUUUUGACCUUCUUCUUACCAGUGGCGUCUCCAUGUUUUUCGAGUGGCUAAAUGUAUCAGAAAUAAUUGUUAAUAGAACUUUGGAACAAUCUGCUGCUAUUAUGUGGGUCCAGUAUGUUGCGGGAUCCAUUAAGUUCCCGGGAGUACGGAUAAAAGGUAUGGAUGGUCGUCGUAAGAAGGAGAUCGGUAGAAAGUUACGAGAUUCAAUGAAAUUGGAUCAAAGACAUUGGGAGCAGGUUAACGAAAGGAGAACGGCAUUGGAAUCGGUUCGUGACACAAUGUCGGCUGAAUUACGAGUCGUUCGUCAAGAUAAAUACGGUUGGGUACUUCAUGCUGAGAGUGAGUGGCAAAUGCAUCUUCAACAACUUAUACACGAACAAGGUAUAUUCUCGUUGCCGAAAUCCCUUUCAAGGGAUGACCCCGAGUGGCAACUUUGCCCGAUCGAAGGCCCGUAUAGAAUGCGCAAGAAGUUGGAGCGGUGCAAACUGAAAGUCAACACAGUCCAACACAUUUUAAGCGGGAACUUUGAAAUAGAGAAGGAGAAAAUUGAAACUGAUGUUAUCGAUUCGGAUUCUGGUCCUUAUCCAUUUGCUAAACUUUUGUCUAACGACACAAAGGCGGAGUCGUUUGACGACACAAUGUAUGACGAAUCGAUAUUUAAGGUAUCGGAUGGUGUGAAAGUUGGAUGGAACAACAUUAAUGAUGUGGAUAGUAGCAUUAACGAUGAAAGUCUUCAUUCGGCUGCUGGAUUCAGUAUGAAGUCCAGCUUAGCAACUGCACCGCUAUCAGAAAGCAUUCAAGAAACGUCCAUUUUAAGUUCUCCAAAGAAGCUAUCUUCAACAAGACUCGAUGAAAUCAUCGCAACUGAGGGUAAACGGGAUAAGGAAUUGAGUAACAACGGGGAGUAUUUGAUUCGACCGUAUCUGUUACAUGCUGAGAAAAUAAAGUUCAAAUACAAUUGUGAACGAGUCGUCGGUCUUGAUAAACAUGACGGGAUCUUUCUUAUCGGUGAAGUUUGUUUAUACGUGAUAGAGAAUUUCUACAUCGAUGAAUCCGGUUGCAUAUGUGAGAAGGAUUGUGAAGAUGAACUUUCGGUUAUUGAUCAAGCUUUAGGUGUAACAAAAGAUUUCUCUCUGAGUAUGGACUCACAAUAUAUGAUGGUAAAACCGCACAGUGAAGCACGCGCUUGGGUCUACACCGGUGGUGUGUGGGGAAAAGAAAAAGUGAGUAACAGUGGUAACAUAUCUCAUUUAUGGCGAAUGUGGAAGCUUAAUAGCGUUCAUGAAAUCCUGAAACGGGAUUACCAGUUACGUCCUGUUGCUGUUGAGAUAUUCAGUAUGGAUGGAUGCAAUGAUCUUCUCGUCUUCCACAAAAAAGAGCGGGAAGAAGUUUUCAAGAAUUUGUUGGCCAUGAAUCUUUCUAGAAACAGCAUGUUGGACACCACAAUAUCUGGAUCAAUGAAACACGAAAGUGCGUUUAAGAUAAUGGCGAAAUCCUUCUCCAAGAGGUGGCAAAAUGGAGAAAUUACUAAUUUUCAAUACCUCAUGCAUCUUAACACGCUUGCGGGUCGUGGGUAUAGUGAUCUUACGCAAUAUCCAGUCUUCCCGUGGGUUUUAGCGGAUUAUGAGAGUAAAAAUCUCGACUUAACAGAUGAAAAGUCUUUCCGUAAACUUAAUAAACCCAUGGGCUGUCAAACAGACGAGGGAGAAGAUGAGUUCAAGAAAAGGUUUGAAAGCUGGGACGAUCCCGAUAUUCCGAAAUUUCAUUACGGUUCUCACUAUUCUAGUGCUGGGAUUGUUCUUUUCUAUCUUUUAAGGUUGCCGCCAUUCAGUACAGAGAAUCAAAAGCUGCAGGGUGGUCAGUUUGACCAUGCUGACCGCCUUUUUAAUAGUGUCGGGGAUACAUGGUUAAGUGCUGCUGGAAGAGGCAACACAUCUGAUGUAAAAGAACUCAUUCCAGAGUUCUUUUACAUGCCAGAAUUCUUGGAAAAUCGAUUCGAUCUUGACCUCGGAGAGAAACAAUCAGGAGAAAAGGUCGGAGAUGUUGUGUUGCCACCUUGGGCCAAUGGUAGUGCGAGAGAGUUUAUUAGAAAGCAUAGGGAAGCUCUUGAAUCUGAUUAUGUUUCGGAGCAUUUGCAUCACUGGAUAGACCUUAUUUUCGGUUAUAAACAACGUGGGAAGGCAGCUGAGGAAGCAGUGAAUGUUUUCUACCAUUACACAUAUGAAGGAAGCGUGGACAUAGAUGCAGUUACCAAUCCCGCAAUGAAAGCUUCGAUUUUGGCUCAAAUUAAUCACUUUGGGCAAACACCAAAGCAGCUAUUUCAACGGGCCCACCCGAAGAGACGGAAAGAUAAAAAGGUUCCGUUCAAUCCACUCAAAUACUCUCAUUAUCUUGUUCCACACGAGAUUCGUAAAAGUGCAUCUUCCAUAGCACAAAUCGUUACAUUAAAUGACAAAAUUCUCAUGGUGGGUCCCAACAAUCUGUUAAAACCCCAUGCCUACGCCGCUACUUAUGUCGCGUGGGGUUUUCCUGACCGUAGUUUGAGAUAUAUGAGCUAUGAUCAAGAUAAGCUUCUUUCAACCCAUGAAAACCUUCAUGGUGGGAACCAGAUCCGGUGUGCCAGUGCUAGCCAUGAUGGUCAGGUUCUGGUCACUGGUGCAGACGAUGGGUUGGUUUGUGUUUGGCGCGUUAGUAGCUACAAUGGGCCCCGUGCACCACGGACAUUACAACUGGAAAAAUCACUUUCGGCUCACUCUGCUAAAAUCACGUGUCUUCACAUUUGCCAGCAGUACAUGGUCAUCAUAAGUGGUGCAGAUGACUGCACCGUGGUCUUAUGGGAUCUUAGCUCGUUGGUUUUCAUUAGACAGCUUCCUGUGUUCUCGUCUCCUGUUUCGGCAAUUCAUAUGAACGAGUUAACCGGUGAGAUCGUGACAGCUGCAGGGAUUAUGCUUGCGGUUUGGAGUGUAAACGGUGACUGUUUGUCAGUUGUCAACACUUCACAACUUCCAUCUGAUUUCGUACUGUCUGUUGCCACCUGUAGCUUCUCUGAUUGGCUGGAAACCAACUGGUACGUCUCGGGUCAUCAGAGUGGCACGGUCAAGGUUUGGCAAAUGGUUCAUAACUCUAGUGAAUGUAUGCAAACCCAAAGUCAAAGUCAGACAUUUGGGUUAGGGUUAGGUGGUCAUGUGCCUGAGUACACGUUGGUCCUACGCAAGGUGCUAAGGGGUCACAAACACUCGGUUACCGCCCUUCACAUCACAAGUGACUUGAAACAACUUUUGAGCGGUGAUUCCGGUGGCCAUUUGAUUUCAUGGACAUUGCCAGAUGAAAGCUUGAGAAGUUCUAUAAAACGGGGGUAGUUUAGGUAAAUGAAAUUGUUCCGUUAAGUCGUUAACCGACAGGUUCCCUGUCCAUCCUCUUAACAAGAAACGGGCUGGCCCGGGAUUACAAGAAGAAUGAGAUGGGACAGAGAGGUACAUCGUUUAUCAUAUAAUGUUUUAAUGUGUACAUAGAAGGGGUUAAUUAAAGCUUAGAUUCUAUAAUUUCAAUUUGUAUAGUUAUGCAAGAGAGGGAUAUGAGUUGGGACUUUAAUUGCCCCUAUUUUGUAAGAAUAUAAACAUAUAUGUAUUCAUAUCCAUAGUGGAAUCUGAGUCUUC